CGCCCGCAGCUCCGGGCCUCCCCGGCCCGCCGCUCGCCUUCAGUCUCCGGGGUCUGCCCGGCCGCACGGCGUGAUCUCCCUGGGGUCCGCGGCUCGGGAUGCUGCAGGGCUGCGCCGCCGCUCGCGCGCCGCCCGCCACCUCUGUCCUUGCCUCCUGGUCCAUGCUCCGCUGUUUACAUGCCGGUGAAGCCCCGGGCCGCUCAGAGCCCCUCCGAGCCCUGGCGCCCCGAGGGUGAAGCCAGCCAGCCAGCCAACUGGAUUGAUCGUUCAGACCUGGGGCUCCGAACUCAGAUCUCGUCCCGCUUCGGCGCCUCGGCCACCAUCUGGGUGGGAUCCGGCUCCGGUGUUUUUGAGGAGGGGGUGUGGUGUAGAGAAAAGGAUCCUGGGGGUUUCUGGCUCCUCCUUAUAUUUUGGCCUUCGGGGCUUCAGACUCAGGGAACUCGCUCAUGGCUUUCUUGAUGAAGAAGAAGAAAUUCAAAUUUCAAACCACUUUCACCCUGGAGGAGCUGACUGCGGUCCCCUUUGUGAACGGGGUCCUCUUCUGCAAGGUCCGGCUGCUGGAUGGCGGGGAUUUUGUCAGCUUGUCUUCAAGGGAGGAGGUUCAGGAGAACUGUGUGCGGUGGCGGAAGAGGUUCACCUUUGUGUGUAAGAUGAGUGCCAACCCAGCUACAGGCCUGCUGGACCCUUGUAUCUUCCGUGUGUCCGUGCGCAAGGAGCUGAAAGGCGGGAAGGCUUAUUCCAAGCUGGGCUUUGCUGACUUGAACCUGGCUGAGUUUGCUGGCUCAGGCUCCACUGUGCGCUGCUGCCUGUUGGAGGGCUAUGACACAAAGAACACUCGUCAGGACAACUCCAUCCUCAAGGUUACCAUUGGUAUGUUCCUGCUUUCUGGAGACCCCUGUUUUAAGACGCCACCAUCCACUGCCAAGUCUAUCUCCAUCUCGGGCCAGGACUCCUCCCUGCAGCUGACAUGUAAAGGUGGCGGGACCAGCAGUGGUGGCAGCGGCAGCACCAAUUCCCUGACAGGGUCCCGGCCCCCCAAGGCCCGGCCCACCAUCUUAGGCUCAGGGCUGCCAGAAGAACCAGACCAGGGUCUGUCCAGCCCCGAGGAAGUAUUCCACUCUGGCCACUCCCGUAACUCUAGCUAUGCCAGCCAGCAGUCCAAGAUCUCCGGCUACAGCACUGAGCACUCACGCUCCUCCAGCCUGUCAGACUUGACACACCGCCGAAACACGUCCACUAGCAGCAGUGCCUCAGGUGGUCUCAGCAUGGCUGUGGAGGUCCCAGAAGGCAGUGAACGGGAGCACCGCCCCCCUGAGAAGCCCCCGAGGCCACCCCGCCCCCUGCAUUUGUCAGAACGCUCGUUUCGACGAAAGAAGGACUCCGUGGAGAGCCACCCAACCUGGGUAGACGACACUCGGAUCGAUGCAGAUGACAUUGUGGAGAAGAUCAUGCAGAGCCAGGACUUUACAGAUGGCAGUAACACUGAAGACAGCAACCUCCGGCUGUUUGUGAGUCGUGAUGGCUCCACCACGCUGAGUGGAAUUCAACUGGCCAACAGGGUCUCCUCUGGAGUCUACGAGCCAGUUGUGAUUGAAAGCCAUUGAGGAGGCAGCUGUCGAGACUGGAGAAGGUUCCAGACCCGCAUCAUUCCAGGAGGGGCCUCCCUUCAGUCCCAUGCCACAUCUCAUCCGUGCCUCGUCCAUGUCCUUUCUCCCACACCUGCCCUCAAAGCAUCAUUCCAUUGUCUUGCUGCCCACCAGAGACCUUUGUGUCCCGCAGGGCAGGCACCACUGUGAAUAUUCUCCUCAGAACCACUAGAAGGCAGGGCAGGUGGGCUUUGCUGUAAAGGCCAGUACCGCCCCUCUGGAGAUCUGCUUAGCCUUGGCCAAGGAUGUAUAAUUGCUCUUCCCACGUAGGGGUGCUUGUGGUCAUGGGGCCUGUCCCUUGGAUCCUGCUCACUCCAGGAGCACCUGGCUAACAGGGCCUUGUUCCAGUGCCCCCUUGCCCUUAGGGGGAAGGUUAGGCCACCCCCUGAAUCCUUCCCACCCAUUAUCCUCUGCUUGUUGCUUCAGUAUCCCUUUCCUGAGUCCUGGGGGACCUGCUGGUGGGCCUCCCCUGGGAGCCAAGACCUCAAACCCCACCCACACUCCUGAUUAAGACCCCCGUGCCCCUAAGGAAUGUUCUGCUGCCCUGGCAGCCCGCACUUUGCACAUGCUUGUCCCCAGCACAGCCUCCCUGGCCCUCACCUGACCCCUCCCCCCUCCUCCCGGCCCCUUCCAAAGGUACUGCCUGCAGUGCAGGCAGGCUGGCCCAGGAGCUGGCAGCCCGGCUGGCUCGGAGCCCUGCCUCCAUUCUCCAGCCCAGCACAGGCCAGAGCCUAGAAAGAUGGAGCAUCAUGGUGCCCUCUGCCCAGGGCUGGGUCCUGAGCAGCUGGUUUUCCUACAGGACAGAGCCUGGUGGGGCUGAGUGAACAAAGUUUCCUUCCUUCAACCUCAGAUCAACGGGCUGGAGUUGGGGCCAGUGCUGUGCUGGAGAUGUGGUGGGCUGAGUCGGGCCAUAACUGGCUUCUUGCCUGCCACACAAGCCUCAGCCCCUGUCUUUAAGCAUCGCCCACUUUGGGGCAGGAGGUCCUCCCAGUGGGAGCAGUCGCUUGCCCAGAGCCCUCCCCAAGGCCUCCUCAGCACUUUCUUCACUACUCCUCAAAACCCACUUGAAGUAGGGCCUGGCUGGCGGCCAACCCUGAACAAACCCCGCGCCUUUGAGUUUCACUCAUUUAUAAACCCAGCAGGCUGGGUUUGGGGUUUUCGUUUGUUUGUUUCUUCUCUCUCUCUCUGUCUCUCUGUCUCUCUCUGUCUCUCUGUCUGUCUGUCUGUCUGUCUCUCUCUCUCUCAGUUUCAUAUUUCCUCCUCCCCCAUCCAAGGGAGGUGCUUCUGUUCCCAUUCUACCUGCAGGCUGGGUUCCAGCAGGGCUGGAGACGAAGGGGACAGGAUACUGGUUCUUUGUGGAUGGGGAGCAGGUAUCCUCCCCAGGCUGGGAGGGGUCCAGUCCCCAGCUGGCGAGGGCUGGGAAUCUUGGUCAUGGAACUCCCUGGUAUUGGGACCAGAGCAUUUCUAGGGGUUUUGUUAUUGCCAUCAUUAUAAUUAUCCAAUCAUGCUUUUGGAACAUGAAUGUUCGGAGGUAGGGCUGAGCGUGGCCCUGGCUGGAUGAGCUCUGGUCCACUGAGAGUCUGUCUCUGCUGGGCAGAUACCAAAUGUUUUAAAGGGAAGCUGGUUGCACUAGCCCCAGAUUCAGUGAUCGUCCUAGAAGAUGGGAGAGCACCACCCUUCCAUGUCCAUGGCUUGCCCCCAACUUAGGGGGGCAUUGCAUUCAGGGUGUAAUUUGGGUUUGAGUCAAAGUUCUGGGAUUUUAGGCACAAAGCUUUGGGAGUGCCAGGGAGAUUCUUGAACCAGGAACCCCAGCCCUACCCAGCCAAGGUGUAAUCUGGAGUCACCCUAGAAGAAGACAGAGCCUGCCACAUCCUCCCAUGCCAGGCCCUUGGGCCAGGAUAACUAGGUUGAGAAUUUGGCCAUAACCAAAUGAACACUGGCCGGAGCCAGAGGCUGGCAACUCUGGCCUCCUCAUGUGGAAACUUCAAUCUGAGGCCCCUUGAGCUCAGUGAUUCUUGCAGGUACCCACAGCGCUGGAGACUUCAGAUUCUAUAUAGAGAUAGGAUAUAUUAGAGAUAUUUUUGGAAAGGAAUUGGUCUAUGCAAUGCCAGUUUGGAAUCUUCUUGAAAGACAGUUUAAUGUUUCUACUAGGAGAUAUAAAGAAAAAUAAAGAUCUACAAUAUUUUUAGUUUUUUUUUUCUGGAUUCCCCACACACACCUGGUCACACUGCAUGAUCCGUCAGGAUACAGAAUAUCCAUUUUCCUCUCUUUAGGGAUGCAGUAGGUGGGGGAGGUUGUCACAUUUUUAUGAUCUCCCUCCCAUCUUAACAAUGUUGCCCCCACUGCACCCCAAUAUGGUGGGCUGUGUUUUGCAUCUCUGUUCCAGCUUAUUGUAGAAAAUAAUGUUGUAAGGGGGAAAAUCAGCCUAGUUACAGUGUCUUGGUUUUGGGGGGGGGGGUGACAAUUAAAUGUGCUUUUUGUU